AUGUUUGCUGGUAGAAGGCUAGCAGCCAAGACAGCCAUAGCUGCUACAACGGUGGUGGCAGCAGGCAUGGGAGCCGCGACGUUACAAUCGCGGCGCGCCGACAACGAGGUGAGGACGGUAGGAUUACGCAAAACCGCAGCAACUGCGUUACCUUCACGCAGUGAGCUACUAGAACGGGUAGCCAAGACUGCGGAGUUUGACGUGCUUGUGAUUGGAGGCGGGGCGACCGGAACCGGUUGCGCCGUGGAUGGGGCCACGCGUGGGCUCAACGUGGCACUUGUGGAAAUGGGCGAUUUUGCGUCAGGUACGUCGUCCAAGUCCACCAAGAUGGCACACGGCGGUGUUCGGUACCUGGAAAAGGCGUUCUGGGAGCUGUCCAAGGCGCAAUUGGAUUUGGUGAUCGAAGCGCUCAACGAGCGUGCGCACAUGUUGCACACUGCGCCCCACUUGUGCAAAGUUCUGCCCAUAAUGAUCCCCGUGUACAACUACUGGCAAGUGCCGUACUUCUAUGCCGGUUGCAAGAUGUACGACCUGUUUGCAGGGUCGCAAAACCUCAAAAGCUCCUACCUGGUGAGCGCCGGCCGCGCCGGUGAGAUCGCGCCCAUGCUGGACGCGUCGAAGCUCAAGGCCGGACUGGUAUACCACGACGGGUCCUUUAAUGACUCGCGCAUGAACUCCACACUUGCCGUCACCGCCGUCGAGCGUGGUGCCACCGUGCUCAACUACAUGGAGGUGUCCCAGUUGCUCAAAAACGAGCGCACGGGUAAAGUAGAAGGGGCCAUCACGCGUGACCGUGAGACCGGGAAAGAGUAUCGCGUGCGGGCUAAAGUGGUGGUCAAUGCCACGGGUCCCUUUAGCGACCGGAUUUUGCAAAUGGAUGCCGAUCCUAACGGUAAGGCUAACGACACACUGGUGGCGCAUGCAAACGAAGACAACGACUCCAUAGGAUCCCGAGUGGCAGUAGCCAACCCUCGCAUGGUGGUCCCAUCUGCAGGAGUUCACGUGGUGCUACCCUCUUUUUACUGUCCCAAAGAAAUGGGGUUACUGGACGCCAAGACUUCUGAUGGCAGAGUGAUGUUUUUCCUACCAUGGCAGGGCAAGGUCCUCGCCGGGACCACCGAUAUUCCCAUGAAACAAGUACCCGAAAACCCCACCGCCACUGAGGCGGAUAUUCAGGAUAUUUUGAAAGAAUUACAACACUACAUCAAAUUCCCUGUCAAGAGAUCUGACGUUUUGAGUGCAUGGGCCGGCAUCAGACCUUUGGUCAGAGAUCCUAGAAAGUUGAAAGAGGGUGAAGCUGGUUCCACUCAAGGUUUAGUGAGAAGCCAUUUCUUGUUCACUUCUGACAACGGCCUAGUUACCAUUGCAGGUGGUAAAUGGACCACAUAUCGAGAAAUGGCCGAAGAGACUAUGAACGAAGUAGUCAAACUAGGCCAAUUCAACGCCAAGCCUUGCAUCACCAGAAAAUUGAAACUUGCCGGUGCCGAAAACUGGGACCCCAAUUUUGCUGCUCUUUUGGCUCAAGAAUACCAUUUAUCAUCAAAAAUGGCUGAGCAUCUUGCUAAUAACUACGGAACUCGUGCACCUAUAAUAUGCGAAAUGUUGAUGGAAGAAGAAAGGAACAAGUUGCCAGUUACUUUUGGGGGCAGAGAAAAUGUCACGGUUUAUGGCAACGUGGAUUUCGAUUCUUUUAGGUAUCCAUUCACUAUUGCUGAACUUAAAUACAGCAUCAAAUAUGAGUACACUAGAACUGCACUUGAUUUCCUCAUGAGAAGAACCAGAUUUGCAUUUUUAGACGCUAGACAAGCUUUGCAUGCUGUCGAUGGUACUGUUAAUAUUAUGGGUGACGAAUUGGGUUGGGAUUCUGAAAAGCGUAAAGCUGAAACGGAAAAUGCAACUGAAUUCAUCAAAACCUUUGGUGUCUGA